CAUUAAUUUUCUGUAGCCAAAUAGGUCAAUUUGUAGCAAUUGGCUAAUUUGGGGAAUGGCAGAGGAAGCCCUGCGGUCUGGCAAAUUUUGAAAGGUAGGCGAACAGUAUGUCUGACACUUUUCUGGAGCUUUCGCUAUGACAUGGGCAUAAGACAUAUAGUUUUGACUCUUUACAGAAAAUGUUAUCUGUAUUGAAUCAGUUAUGAGUGAAUACCUGUGCUCUUGAAAUUGGAUAAAGGGCAAAUUUCAAACAAGUUAAGUCCAGUUUUCAAGAACGUCCUUGAAGUCAUCGUCCUUGAAGUCAUCGUCCAAGCUGCCUCUUGAUGCUGAUGUGAUAUCUACAACCAAGCUGUCAACAAGUGUGAUAAUUGUGUGAUAUAUGUGUGAUAUUGGUGGAUAUAAAGGGAGGUGUGGUCAGGUUUCCAGUGCACAGUGCUAGAUUGUUCUAAGUGUCACACAUAUCAAUAAACUGUAUGAGGAUCUACACGCAAUGGACAAAGGCAUGGUUUUAGCACACUGAUUUCAAUGUGAACCAUGUAUGUAACACUUGUGAUGACUUUUUCUUCAUGACGGGUAUGAACUGCUAAGAGUUUCCAUGGCAACAAUGAAUGGCUAUGGUAAUCAUGGCGGCGGGAGGGAGCAGAGUGAGCGAGGCAUUGAGGAUAUGAUCUUACUAGAUGUCCUAGAUGAGCGAACCAUAUUGGAAAACUUGCAGACCAGAUAUGGCAACAACCACAUCUAUACCUACUGUGGGAGCAUUUUGGUGUCCGUCAAUCCGUACCAGAUGUUCAAUAUCUACGGGCUGGAUAUGGUCAAAAGAUAUGAGGGUCAGCCCAUUGGCUCCCUUCCUCCGCAUUUGUUCGCCAUUGCCAGCACUUCCUAUGGACGCAUGAUGAAAAACACAGAAAAUCAGGUCAUUGUGAUCAGUGGUGAGAGUGGCAGUGGCAAGACCGAGGCCACGAAGCUCAUCAUGCAGUACCUGGCAGCUGUCAACACGUCAGGAACCAGCACGAUCACGGAGCAGAUCCUCGAGGCCAACCCGCUCCUAGAGUCCUUCGGCAACGCAAAAACUAUACGCAACGACAACUCCAGCAGAUUCGGCAAAUACAUUGAAGUGUUUUUCAAGAGUGGAGCCAUUGUGGGAGCAAGGACAUCAGAAUAUCUCCUAGAAAAAUCAAGAAUUGUCACCCAGGCCCCAGAUGAGCGGAACUAUCAUGUCUUCUAUGAGAUGUUGGCAGGAAUCUCUGAGGAAAGGAAAAAGCGCCUGGGCGUCACCACCGCUGAAAAAUACUUCUAUCUCAAUCAGACCGUGUUUGACUCUGAGGGCAAUGUGCAGGGUGGCAGCUGCUCAUUGUCGAGUCGUAAUGAUGCGGAGAACUACCGGAUGCUGUGUGAUGCUCUUCAAGUCCUGAACUUCUCAAAACACGAGGACGAGACUAUACACAAAAUACUCGCCUCUGUUCUGCACUGUGGAAACAUCUUCUUUAAACGAGUCACAGUGGACAAUCAUGACACUGUGACGAUGGGAAGCAGCGGGGAGGUCAAGUGGAUCACACACCUUCUGGAGCUGUCAGAGGACUGGCUCAAACAGGCCCUCACACAGAAAGUCACAGAAACAAGGGGUGACAAAAUCCUUACCCCUUACAACAUUGAUCAAGCCCUUGACUCCAGGGAUGCGAUCUCGAAGGCGCUCUAUAGUCGACUGUUCACGUGGUUGGUGGAGAGGAUCAACCUCACCGUGAGCCAUGAGCGAGACAAGUCUUCAUCCCUAGCUGUCCUUGACAUAUUUGGCUUCGAGGAUUUCCAUGUGAACAGUUUGGAGCAGCUGUGUAUAAACUACGCCAAUGAGACGCUGCAGUUCUUCUUCAACCAGCACGUAUUCCGCCUGGAACAGAAGGAGUAUGCAAAGGAGAAGAUUGAGUGGACGAACAUUGACUUUCAGGAUAACCAGCCCGUCAUUGACCUCAUUGCCAGCAAGCCCGCAGGCAUACUCCAUAUACUUGACGAUGAAUGCAACUUCCCACAGGCCACGGACAGCUCAUUCUUGGAGAAGUGCCAUUUUCACCACAGCGACAACGGAUUAUACGGCAAACCACGCAUGUCACAUCCUGAGUUCUUCAUCAAGCAUUACGCAGGCAAAAUCAAAUACAGUAUUGUACAUUUCUUGGAAAAGAACAAGGAUACAUUAAGAAGUGAUGUGGUCGAGUUACUCUGUGAGAGUAAAAACAAGAUGAUUGCUCAAAUGUUCAAAGACAUGCGAGACAGAUUGAUCACAAAGACCCUUAGCAAAACUACAGGGAGGUUUGUCACCAUGAAGCCAAGAACACCGACUGUGGCAGCAAGCUUCAGUGAAUCAUUACUGUCCCUUAUUGAGACCAUGUCUCGCUGUAACCCAUACUUUGUGCGGUGUGUAAAGCCCAACAACAACAAGGCCGCUAUGACCUUUGAGAAUGGCGUGGUACUAGACCAGCUGCGAUACACCGGGAUGCUUGAGACUAUAAGGAUACGUAAGCUUGGGUUUCCGGUCCGGGUCAAGUUCCAUCAUUUCAUAGAACGGUAUCGGUGCUUGUUGCGGGGAGAGAAGAUCCAUGUGACCCACCUACCGACUGACGUGUGCCUCAUGAUCCUCAAGACCCAGCCUGCUGACCUGAGACCCCUGUGCCGGAUAGGGGCAACCAAGGUGUUUAUGAAGGAGAAACUAGAGCAGCAGCUUGACCUUGAGGCCCGAAAGCUGCACACCCGCGCCACCCAGCACAUACAGAAGUUUAUGAGGAUGUACCUGGCGCGCAGGAAGUUCCGGCAGUACAUUGAGAGGGCACACAGAGUGCAGGCUGCCAUCAAAAUGCAUCUAGCAAGAAAACGCUACAUAGCCGUUCAUAAUGGAAUUAUACGGGCACAGGCUCAGUUUCGGAUGCACAGGCAGCACAAAAAAUAUCUGAAGAAUCGAGAAGAAAUCAAACGCAAACUUGAACAAGAACAUAUUGCUAAGCAACAAGAGAAGGCGAGACAAAAACUUGAAAUGGAAAGAAGGGAGAAGCUUCUGCGAGCAGAGGCGAGCAUAAAAAACCUGGAUAUCCCAGGAGAGCUGGCCUUUGUCUACAACAAACUGGAUGACUGGCGGCCGGUACACAGUGAUCGUCACAUUAUAUCAGUGAUUGGGGACGUGGUUCCCAUGGAGUUCAACUAUCGUCUCCCUAGCGAUGUCAACAGCCAUGCCUUCAGCAAAUAUGUCAACGCUUACUUCAAGAGCCCAGAGUGGGGUGUGCAGGUGGAGCCCAUCAACUCUGCCCUCACCCAUGUACAGGGGGAGCAGAACAACCGAUUGGCACUGGCUGUCAACAAACUGAUCCUGAAGUACAUGUAUGACCAGACACUGGGGGACAAGAAGGAGAAGGCGAUGGCAGACUACAUCGUGCAGCUCGGUCUGCAGAACGAGGGCCUACGUGAUGAGAUCUACUGCCAGCUCGUCAAUCAGACCUGGCGCAACCAGAAACUCAUGCCUGCAGAGAGGGGCUGGCAGCUGAUGGCUCACUGCCUGGCCGCCUUCCCUCCCAGCCAGCACCUGUACAAGUUCCUGCUGAAGUAUGUGUCGGAUGUUGGCAUGGGGGGCUACAAGUGGUUCUGUCAGCACAAAGCCCUGCAGUGUGGCAGCAUUGAGCCACAGCUGUGCCGCAUCUACCCGCCCUGCCUGCUAGAGUGGCGGGCUGCGCAACGCAAGGCCAACAUGGCGCUCGAAGUGCGCUUUGCUGACAACGCCACAAUGAUUGGCCAUGUAGAGUCAUGGACUUUGGGCGAGGAUUUCUGCAAGCACCUGCUGAACCUUCGUGGUCUCCGUGACAACAACAAGGGCUGGACAGUGGUUUUGCAGGAGGACCGCGACUACUACGAGCUCAUGGGAUACGACUACGUGUUCGACCUGAUAAGUGAGAUGGAGAUCUCUCCAGGCUUCCCCGUCUGCCGCUCGUACUUCCUCGUGUCUUCUGACAGGUCCCGAGAGCCUCACAGCAUGCAGAGGGCCCUCUAUAGUGAAUCGCCUCAUAAUCCUGAACGUGAAAGGCACAUGGUAAUGGUUGGCAAGUUGCCAGAACCUCUGAAGAUCGAUAUCACGAAGAUUGAACAGCGAAGCAUCAAGCAGCGUACUGUGAACGGAGAAGUAUCCGACGGGGGCGGGGUUGAGUUCUCCAUGACGAGUGUGCUGAACAAGAGACCCCAGGGGGUCAAUGUGGAUGGACUCUCAGACAGCAAGAUGAACUUGAGGUACACAAAGCGCAAGGCUGCUCCCAGCCCACCAAUAGGAAACGGGUACGCCGUAACCAACGGAAACGGUUACAGUAACGGUGAUAUUGAUACCAGUAGGGACCUUUCACAGACGCAGUUGAACAGGCGUUACAACAACGUCAUACAUGAAGAAGAUAUCAGCCCUACGAAAAUCAACCAGCGAUACUUGAGAAUGACAAAAGCCAGUGCGCACCACGGUGGGGCUGCAGAUAAAAUUGCGAGGAAGACUCAGCGCGAUGUGGACAACGUUUCCGUGGGAACAGGCCACUCUGACUGGUCCCACUGGGUGGAGGAUGUGUUCAGUAACGCCCUCAAUGAGCACGUGGAUGGGCUGUCUGACGCGAGGUCCGUGGAGAACAGGCUGAAAGGAGGCGGGGAUGGCAUUCCACAGCCACAGUAUCAACAGGGUGCUGUAGGGAUGCAGAUUAAUGGGGGCAUCAACAUCCCUCUACAGCAUCAGAUGCCAGUUCCCAUGAUGAAUGGGGGUCUGCCCACCCUCAAUCUCUCCAACCCGGGUCUCCAACCCCAGAUGGUUGCACAGUCCCUCACCCAGCAACAGAUGGUAGCCCAACAACAGGCUAUGAUGCAGGCCUAUGCACAGGCUCAAGCGCAGGCCCAGGCACAACAGCAACAACAAGCCCUUCUUCAGGCCUAUCAGCAACAGCAGCAACAACAACAGCAGCAGCAGGCCCAGCAAACCAGUCAGGCCCAGUAUGCAACCUCCCUGCAGCAACAACAACUAGCGCAGUUGCUACAGCAGCAACGCCUGCUUGAAGCUGCUCUACAACAGCAACAACAAAUGCAGCGGCCGUCACAGGCUGUCAUGCACCCAGUGAUGGCUCCAUCCUCUGUGAAUGCUAGCUUUAGUAUGCCACAAGCGAGUGGGGCAUUUUUCCCCAAUGAGAGCACUCAGUCAACCUUCUCGAGUCAGGGAAUGCAGGCCCGUAUGACCGCCCCAGUGCCUGUGGUCAAUAGCCAGAGUACUGUGGUCAAACAGGGGCCAGUCACCUUCCAAACAGUGGAGCAUACAGACACAACUAAUGGGGGAGCUCGAAGGGUGAUCAAGUUCCGACAGCACUUUGAGAAGGAAACUGUGAGCGCCAGUCAGCCUCAGGAGCGAGUUGUGUCCCCUGUGCACGCCCCACCCCCUCCCCCGAUGCAGUUCCAGGACACCCCCCGUAUGGCACCCGCACCUCCUGCACCCCCACCCCCUCCUCCCAUUCCAGAACACCCGCAGCUGUAUGACAAGGAGAAGGGCACGUACACAUUCAAGGACAAGAAGGGUCGGGCCCGCACCGUGAGGAUUGGGCGUGUCGUGUGGCCCCCUCCCCCGGAGAAGGAGGAGAAAUUACAGCGGGAGGUGGGCAGACUGGAGAUUGAUGAGAAAGUACAGCGGGAGCUGGAUGAGAGGAUGAGACCCACCCAGCCACAGAAAGUGGAGACCCCUAGAGUGGAACCAAAGAAGGAGCCACCCAAGAAGAAGCAGCAGCUGGCUGAGACGGUGCACCUGGCCACACUGCAGCUGCUGGAACAGAAGAUUGCCCCUAAACCUGCCCCGCAAAAACCACCCACACCUCCCCCACCCAGAAUAGAAACCCCACCACCGGCCCCUAAAAUCCAGCACGCGAAGCAGACCCAGGUGAUCGUGGAGACCCACACCCAGACGGAGGUGCCCCAGCCCCCUGAGCCCGAGGUGAUUGACUACCGGUCCCUGGAGAUGGUGAACACCGAGCUGCACAGGCAGAACAAGGACACCUUCCUCACAUACAGCAAUGUGCCCUGGACCCUGCAUGUCCGCAAAGAGGUAUUUGUUCCGGGAGAGCGACUGGAAAACCCUCUUGCGCUACACCUGAUCUACUGUCAGGUGGUACAGGAUGUGUACAACAACGGCUGCAUACGCAUCAGCAAGGACGACCGUAUCAAGAUGAGGGGCAUGCUGGAGAGCCAUGGUAUCAAUGCCGGGAACUACUUGUCGGGCUCCUUCAAGAACCAGGUGAAGCGUAUCGUCGUGGAUACGGCCAAGGAGUGGCCCACCUACUUCUGCAGGCUCUUCCCAGUGGCGUCAAGCGGCCACCUAGCUGGUGUACAUUACGUAGGGGUGAGCCAUUCGGGCAUCUAUUUCGUACAGAGAAUCAAGAGUCUGGUUGAGGAUUACCUGGAUGUCAUAGAGCAUAUCAAGUUUGAGGACGUGGUGGAUGUUGUGAUGCCAUCUCGCACAUCCAUCCAGAUCAGCACCAAGAACAAGUCCUAUGUGUUCUACACCAAGAGGGCACAACAGAUGAAAGACAUGAUUGAUCAGUACUUGCAUGCUAGUGACAUGAGCAACAAGUUUGUAGUGGCAACGAAAGACUACAUCACCAGGGAGAGCACUUUACUGUCCUUCAAGAGAGGGGAUGUAAUCAAGCUCAUGGAUGCAGAUGUAGAUGACGCCCAUAGAAAGAGAGGCUGGCUAUACGGGACACUGAACGGGGUGGUGGGGUACUUCCCCGCGGAGAUGAUACGCCCUCUAGCCAGGCAUGAGGUCGAAGUGGCACGCAGCAAUCAGGGUCAAUCCCUUGCCCUGGACCGAACAUCCAGUUUCCGAAGUCUCCCCCCGCCAGCGCCUGUAGCCCACGUCUCAGAGACCACUGUACAGAGGGUCAUACACAAGUCACACAACAACAACCGGGACACGUCCCGGGAGUUGGUUCAGAACGGGCCAGUACUACGGGAAGCCCUUCCUGCCCCAGAUAACCACAGUGAGACCAGCCAGGGCACGCACGUCCCGGACGGCAAGUUCUCCAUGAUGGAGUUUGCCCUACUGCACUUCCGGGAAAGCAUCGAGAAGUAUGACAUUUCGCGCCCCAGCGAUGGCUCAAUGUACGGCACUAUAAAAUCUAUCGAGAAAUUUAAACUGCAUAAUCUUCACAAACAAGAGCAUAGGAAGCGCAAAGGUUCUGGAGACUGGACAUGGAAGGAGCAAGCUGAGAUGGUUAAGUGGACAAGGUCACCAAUACAAACAUCUAUGCUGAAACUUGAAGGUGCUGACCUCAACAAGAUGGCCACUGAAUGCUUCAUUUGUAUAAUGAAGUUCAUGGGAGACUACCCGAUGGCGUCAAACCAGAAUGAGAUAGACUGUGCUCUCAAAGUUCUAAGGUAUUGCCACAAGUAUCCUGAGCUUCGAGAUGAGGUUUACUGCCAGCUGUGUAAGCAGACAACUAACAACCGCAGCAUGAAGCCUAAGAGUUGCAUCAUGGGAUGGCGUCUGUUUGCGAUUGUGGCCGCAUACUGCGACUGUUCGGAGUCGUUUAGGCCGUACCUGUUCAAGUACCUGGAGACAACGGCCUCCGACAUGCAGAGGACCUACAGCGGCGCGGCGGGCAUAUGUCUGCAAAACCUCCGCAAGACCUUUAAGUAUGGGGGCAGGAAGAAUGUGCCAUUGAAGGAAGAGAUAAAUGCCUUGGCAAAUGGUCGCAUCUCCAAACGGUUCACGUUUUUGUACAGCGGCUCUGAGAGGGAAGGAGUAGUCCACAUCAAACCUUGCACUGUUGUGCGUGACUGCGUGGAGGACAUCUGCAGUCGUAUCGACAUCCAGGAUGCGGUGGAGGUUGACGAGUACACAGUGUUCCUGCGUACACGCUCAGGCACGUUCAGUCGCCUCCGUAACGAGGAAUACAUCCUGGACGUAACCACAGAGCUACUGCGUACCAGCACGGAAUACGACCUUGUGUUCCAGAGAACCGUCUGGUACUUCCCAUUUAAGGUGUCUGAUAACCUCUUCUACAACGAACUCAUGUACUUCCAGUGCUUCCCUGACUAUGUGGAUGGUUUACUGGUGAUGACCAAAAACGGAACUCUCAACAAACAGUAUGAGAGAGACAUUCAGUUCCUUGCUGCACUUCUCCACCGGGCUUCAGAUCAUGUCAACAUGCCCACUAUUCGUGAGUUGGAGCACUUGGUGCCCGAGAUUGUGAGGGCGUUGCCUGGAUACAGCGGUCAGCAAUGGCUAAACCGUGUACAUGAUGAAAUGAAGGAAGUAAUGCGCAGAACCCCUCCCGAGUGCAUGGCCAAGUUUGUUGAGGUGCUUUCCAACUGGCCAUUGUUUGGAUCGACUUUUUUCAGAGUAAAGAAAAUCCUCAUACAACCUGAGUUUGGAGAGUGUAUCCUAGCCGUGAAUCAGUCAGGCAUCAUGUUCCUGGACCCCAGGUCACAUGACAUCGUCCUCCAGUACACAUUUAGUGACGUAUUGUCAACGAGACGUUACCGUAGCGACAGUAACCAGAACUACUUGGACAUGAAACUGGGGAACCUAAUGGUGCAGAAAAUAGUCCGCAUUGAAACGGAGCAAGGCUCUGAUAUCUCCAAUCUCAUUGGUCAGUACAUGCAGGUCAUCAAUCGCCAUCGGAAACGACCUUCAGACAAGGGUGGGGUCACUGCCCCCUACCAGACCCCUAGGGAUCACACAUACUAGUUCUUUGGAGACAUUGUGAGCUGCAUUGUGGGAAAAGUGGGCUUGCAUGUGUGGUCAGUGUCAUCUGAGAUUAGCCUUUGCAGUCUGCUUAUGCUAGCCAGGGACGCCAUUUCCACCUACACUGAAUUGUGGUUUAGAAGAGACUUCCUUUGGAACAAAAAGUUCCAUAAAAGUGCAAAGGCAUUAAGCCCAGUUUUCCCAGAAUGCUGCUAAAAUGGUGUUUGCAGUCAGAUGCAAGCUGGUCUAGCUAGUGACACCUCGUCUGUGUUCACGUUAAUUUUCUGUAACGCUAGUGUUUACAGUUAUGAAUUAUCUGAGAACAUGAAAGUGCUAAAAGACCUUAUGCCAAAACUUUCAUUUUUUGUAAUGUGGUUUUAUAUCAAACACAGGAAGUGUGAAUUUGAGACUCAUAUUAAUGGGUUUUGCUAUUGCAUUGUUACCUUGAAAAUAUAUAUUAUUUUUAGGUUUGAAUAUUAUACACAACAUUUCCAAGAUUAUAUUGUCUAUACUUACUGUUUGUUAAUGUUGCACAAUGUAUAAACAUAUCACACAGCACACCAAAUAUCUUUUAGCUAUUUGUUCAAAAAUGUAAAAUACAGCUUUUUUGUAUGAUUUACAUUGUUAUGUACCCAUAAUCCAGGCCAUGAUUGUUGCAUACAUUCCAGGUGUGUUUUUAUGCUAAAUGAAAAUACUGUAUAGAUUAAAGUAUGCAUUCUUUUGUUUAAAUAUAUAUUCUGUGAUUUGUUAAGGAAUCAAAAUUUUAUUGUGUGUUAAUGUAUGGAUUUAUUUUGUUACUGUAUUCACUCUGUACUUGGCUCUUUUGACCAUAAGUGAGCCUCUAAACAUCAUUGUUUUUAACUUAAUCUAAGUCAGUGUUAUUUAAAAGCAUUGUUCUUGUUCUGUUUGUAUGUAUUCUUUUUUAAAUUAAAAUUAUCUUGUUUAAUUUUAAAGUCUCUAAAACGCUCAAAAUCAACGAAAAUUUCGUUAAGUAUUUCGUAAAAUAAAGUUAACACCUUAACAAUCAGUGCUCCUUAUAGCAAUAGCCAAAAUUUGAACGCUAGUGGUAUGUGGUAUGAUUACAUAGAUUUUUGUAGAUACAAAAUGCUCGUUUUUAUUUAUUUGUGGCCACAAUUAAUUCCCGCGACUAUAUCUAUUCAUACGACACACAAACACCAUUAUGAGGGAUAUUUGGUUAUUUUGACUUACAAUAUUCAUUAAUGUAUUAUGUCUUAUGUAUCAUAUAUAUUAUCAAGGUAUACUUCAAUGACACAAACUAUCAUAAUUUGUUUUAAGUUUUUUUAGAUAAACUUAAAACACUUAAGUUGAUUCAUUUUUGAUAUCUCAUGACUUUUUGUGGUUUUUAUAGUCAAGGUUUUUAUAUUCUGCACAAAUUGUUAUGUCCUUUUCCAUAUAACAUGUUUUGUGUUGUGAUGUCUGCAAUGUGUAUUUUGAUUGCAUUUUGAUUUUAUUUAAAUAUAAAGACAAAAGAAUCAUGUAUCUUCCAAACUUAGCAUACUACUGUAAAAUUAUUAUGGCAUAUUUUGGUAUUUGUAUAUGGACAGAUUUUUUCAAAUCCAAAAUUUGGUAUUGUAUGCGAAUCAACCACAGCAAUGAUGUUAGAAACAAUGAGGCAUCACAGGCUGUUUCUAACAGACACUCUGGCAUUGUGUUUUGUUGAAGUAUCUUGUUCCAACAGAAACUCUUGCAUUGUGUUUGGUUGAAAUAUCUUGUUCUAACAAAGACUCUUGCAUUGUGUUUUGUUGAAAUAUCUUGUUCUAGCAGACAAUAUGGCAUUGUGUUUGUUGAAGUAUCUUGUUCUAACAAACACUAUGGCAUUGUGUUUGUUGAAGAAUCUUGUUCUAACAGACACAUUGACCUUGUGUUUGUUGAAGUAUCUUGUUCAACUUAAAUUGAAUUGUUUGUAUUUAGGAAUCGAAUUGAUUAUUCAAUUAAAAGUUAUCAACACUUUGUACAUAAAGUUACUGUGUAUUUGUUAAUUUAUAUAGACUGUAAUCAGAGAUUAUAUUACGCUUGUAUAUAGCAUGUAUAGUUUAAGAUAAAACACAUAUAUAUUAUUAUCUAUUUGUUAGGACACAAAGAAUGUGUACUUGUUAUGUUUGUAUUUGUUAAGUUUGUCUGUAACUGUUUUUGACUGACUUACAAUCUGUUUACUAUGGUACAAUACAUUGAGGGGAAUAUACAUUGUGGAUUACGAAGAAAGCAAUCCGUGGUAGAUUGGUUUUAUCAUUUCAUUAACAAAUAAAAUACUAUUUGGUUAUUAAUUGUUUUGCGAAUGAAAUACUUAAAUAUCAUGUUUUUUAUGUUGAAGCGCCGGAACUUGGCUUUCAAAGCUUAUAUUUGUCAUACAGAUACUAUAACUUUGAAGUGAAAUGUUACAGCAAAUGUCCUCAAUUUAAAAUUAUGUAUAAGCAAAUAUAUGUCAUUCUGAAAACUUUACCAAGAAUAAAUUUCGGGAAGUCAUGAAUAAGGGUAGUUAUGUACAUACAGCUCACAUGGAUUGUUUGUCACAGAAAUUAAACACUGCAAUUGUACAGAUGAUAAAUACCCGGUACCUGCAUGUGUCACCAGUUUAUUGUUUAAGAAUACUAGUACAUAUGAUACUUUAUGAUAAUAUAGUGUCUAAGAUUUCUUUGUUAUGGAUAUUUACAGCGGGUAAAUUAAGUAUAAUAUUGAUUGAAUUGAAAACUUAACCACACAUGCAAACUGGUAUUUAAUCAUAAAAUUACGGCAGAUUAUGUGUGCAAAUUAUUUAGUCCAAUCAGUCAAAUUGUUACUAAGCUUUCCUGACAAUACUUUUCAUGCGCCACAUGAAUUGUUAUGAACUCUAACUGUUUAAAAGAUGUCUUUGUACUAAUUUGUGUUUGUUAGUGUAUUCUUGUUGAUGAUUGACUAACAUAUCAUAUUAUAUUUGAAUAAUAAUUUAUAUUACAUGUGCAAUUAUUUCCUAUUUUUGGAUCUGACAUAUAAGCCAUGUGCAUAUCUAGCGGCCUGCCAAGGCAAUACUUGUAUUUUUAUAUGGCAAAUAAAGUAUAUUAUGAAAAAUA